AACUAAUCAGGGUAUUCGAGCGCUGUUUUGUUAAAGCCUUUCAAUACACAGAUCCAUUGUUCGACUUAGCAACAGUGCAGGCUAUUGGUUUCGAGGUUUUGGCGAUUGGCUUUAACAGUUUAGAUCAGUAGAAAUACAUUUAUGUGAUCUGGAACGAGAUAACUGGGAUAAACAUUCAAACGUUUCCUAAUUUGUAGGUUUCUUAACAAGGACUAGAUAUAAACAAACUGGCCCUAGGACAUUAAACUUGAAUAACUGAGGAGUGAAAUUAAGUGAGAAGUGAUAGACUUAAACUGAGUGAGUGACGUUAAGUGUGUGUCUGAUUCCAGAGCCACCCCAGCAGGCAGCGUGACGCCAGGAGUACAAACCGUCCGUUCAACGCCACGACCCACACCGGGAGCCACACCCUACUGAACUUUGACUCUUGACCCCCUCUAUUCUUGACCAGCAUGGCCGACGACCGCCCGACGAAAUCAGCCUCCUCCAAACGCCACAACAAACUGUACCGCACCCCGCCGACGCCCCCUCCUGAGGAAUUUAUGAGGGAGGAAAGGGGCUUUGUUCUUGACUGUAAUGCCGUCAGUAGUAUUUCUGGUGAUUUCUCAAAGGCAAAUCCUAAACUAGGGCCAGUUAUUCCACCGUAUAAUGCUCAAAAUGAUCCGCAUGUUGCUAAUUAUUUUAAAUUUUCCGGCGUCGAUAAAACUCUUGGGAAGACUGGUCAGGCAAAGCCGGGCACAUCCAUUGACGGUCACGUGAUGGACUAUUUCGAGAAGUGCGGACCGGGACGCCAGUACGUCAGCCUCCGGAACGACGCCGGUGCAGGCUAUUCAAGUGAACUCACUGACGGCCAUUCCCAGUUCAUGCAGGGAAUCAAACCAUCGACUGGCUACAAUGGACAGUUCGGAUUCCGGAGAAAUACGCCUUGGCUUCGGCAAUCUCCGUCACCAUUCGGCACGGCAAGUCGGUCCCCGGCUCACGAGAUCACAGUGGUUUCCAGGACCAAAAGCACUGUACAGGCGAAGUGAAAGUUGGACCAGGGACCAUCGCAAAGUUAUUUGUUGAACAACUUUACUAUUACAGCAUUUCAAAGUGAUGUCAUCGCUUGAGCCUAAUGCCAUGGACGAUGUAAUCACUGCAUAUAAAAAUCAUGUAUUGAAAAAAAUAUAAGUGUUUUACGCAUUCACAAUUAGUUUUUAUUAUACAGAACGAAGGAUCGAAUUUUAAUUUUUGUUUUAAUUAAAAGAACAGUAUUUAGUUUUGUGUGUGUUUUUUUUUUUUAUCGAAAACAACACUUUAUUUUUUUAACAAAUAGUAUUUCUAUAAACAGACAUAUGUACAUUAAGCUAACCUAAUAAUUAAUUAUGGAAUGUGUUACUUGUUAGGUUAAACUCUUCCAGAUUGUUGAGUUCAGAUGUUUUGUUAUGUAGGUGUCCGGAUACUUGUUUGACAUGUGAAAGUUUUUAUUUUGACUUAUAUUACCUGAUUGAAGGUUACCAUAACUUUUUACAUGCUUUAGAAUAUAAUACAUUGUUUUAUCAA